UAACUCAAGUCUCUGGAUAUUCAAACAUCGUCACGUAAUUUACCAUAGUGUUUAUGACGAAGAUUUUGGUUCCAAUGGAGCUCAUUGAGCUUAUUUCUCAAGAAAAAUCCUUUAGUAAUCUCCUCACAACUCGUCUUUUCAUGGAUUGUCUGAAAACUGAAAAGUGUUUGUCCUCUUAUAACUAAGGUCAUAUCCGAUGGGUACAAAUUCAGAGAAAACUCUUGCUCUUUCAGAACCGGAAUCAGGCUUACGAAUUCCUGCGCUCAACAUGAAUUUCAAUUUUAAUCCCUCAAUUAAUCCCUCAGACGUGGAGGACCUUGCCAAAAAACCAAAGUUCCAGAAAUUGCUUAAGAAAUUACUGGCUAAAGAGCCUGAUAAUGACGACGAGUGGCAGAGAUCUAUUCCAGUUAAACUGUUAAAAGAACAUAUACCUGGGUUCGACCUAGAACAGUACAUUGACGAAAUUCGUGAGAUGGAGAGGAAACCUGGAUAUAUCAAAGGGAAGGAGAAGUUUUUUAACCGCUUUCAGGAUCCACCAAUGUCUGUUUGUCCCGUUGACGUGAACAAUCCAGCAGCACCGGACGCUUAGAGCUUUUACCGAGCUCAUGAUAUCAAUCACUGUUACAAUUCUGGUUUCAUGUUUUUCUCAUGGUUGUAAUAAAUAUUACUAUCUUCU